CUCGUUUCACCCAUAGAACAAGAAAAAGACCUUAGGAAAAUGGAGAGUCUUUGUCCCGAAGCAGCUGAAACCAUAGCCAGCAACGAAGACCUCCUUGCACAUAUCCUUCUUUGCAUGCCCCCUAAAUCUCUGCUCCGCUUCAAAUCCGUCUCCAAGCACUGGCUCGCUCUUAUCUCCGGCCCCAACUUCUGCAACCGCCAUGCCCUCCAAAACCCAAAUUCCAAGGUCUCUGCCUUCUUCGCCCGGACCAUAAUAUCUCAAGAAAUCUUCUUCACCUCUCUCGGCAACGACGAAAAUCCAUCUGGGUUUCGCUCCAAACCUCUCAAUUUUGUCGGCGACCCACGGGGCGUCGAGAUUCUGCAGUCCUGCAACGGCUUGCUCCUGUGCUGCUCCUCCCUCAGCACGACCGGAAGGUACUACGUUGUCAAUCCCACAACCAGUAAGUUCUCAACGUUCUUUUUUCCAGCUGCUACUAAAUCGACAACCGUUUCGGGUGUCGCUUUGGCUUUCGAUCCUGCGAAAUCGAUUCAUUACAAGGUUGUCGUCGUUAGUACCAUUUCUGAGUCAGUUGGAGGUUACCAAUUUAAGGUCUUUUUGUCUGAGACCCGAAGUUGGAAGGUUUUUCGGGCUAAUUUCCCUGCAAAAUUCGAUAUGAACUUCAGCCGUGGAGUGCACUGCAAUGGACUAAUUAGUUGGAUUGGCGAUGCAAGUAAGGUUUUGCUCUAUGACACAGAUGAACAUCGUUUCAGGACUGUGCCAAGUCCGCCGGGUCACGGCGGCUACCGAUGGCAUAGAUAUUUUGGGGAGUCUUGUGGCCAUUUGCAUCUUAUCGAAAUUUCUAGGCCGCAACUUUCGCAAUUUGAGGUGCUGGAGAUGGAGAAGGACUACUCUGGUUGGUUAGUCAAGUACAAUGUCGACCUUAAUGCCAUAAGCUCUGCAUUUCCGGAGAUGACUUAAAAGAUAGCAGAUGGCCAUUGACACUAGCUAACCAACUGAGAGAGCGGCCCUAGAUGAAUUAGUUGCGGCAAGAGCGGCUAGUUCACUAGCCGAUAGAGAUGACCCAGAUGCGAAUUAGUUGCGGCAAGAGCGGCAAGUUCACUAGCUAAUAGAGAGAUGGCCCAGAUGCUUCUUCAGGAAGAGCUGCAAAGGCGAAGAGCGGAUCUAAGCCUAGUAGCUCAGGUAAUUAGAGAGGUUUUCCUAAAUAUACUUUUAUUCCUUAUUUGGUAAUACAUAUAUAUGCAGUAGGCACUUUUGAGUUGUAGUGGACUUGAUUAUUUGUUGGAAUCAGUGUCUCAUGGUGUGGAAUUUUAGAGAAAUUGAUCAAACACCAUGUCAACCUGGACAUCUACAAAAUUUAAUUUAAAGUAUAAAUAUGUAAUUUACAAUUUUCA